AUGCUUAGGCCGUUUCUGACAGAGGCCUGGUUUCAGAAGUGUAUGAGUCGAUCGCAACCGAACGAAUCUUCAGUUUCCUCUGCUGUUGCCACCGUAAGGAAGGUAACGCAUUCCGGAUCCUCAGCUGGCAGUCUGUUCCUCCGAUUGGGAUGUGUUGUGUUUGGAGUAACCGGCGUGGUGUAUUACGCAUUUCUCGUGUUCCUAUGUAGCUCCGACGCGAACUGCUCUCGUUGGUCGACUGCUCUCGACGUGUGUGCCAUCGUCUUCAUCUUCACGCAGAUGCAUUUCAUUUUCUGUAAUUCUAAAGUAAGCUAA